AUGGCUGGAGACGGAAAGCCUGUAGGCUCAUCAAUGGCGUGGAAGAUGAAAGCCUAUGCGUUGCCUCUGCUUCUCUUCACCCUUUCUCUGUUCUAUCAACUUGCUCUUCUCCCUAACUCUUUCCCUCCUUCCCACUACGACGUGCUGGGGAUCAAACGCUAUAGCUCAGUUGAAGAAGUGAAAGAUGCUUAUGAGCGCCUCUCUUCUAAGUGGAGAUCGGGUGAGGAGAUUCCUGCAACUGUUGAUUUUCUCAAGGUCCGAUAUGCUUUUGAGUUGCUGACGAAUCCCAUUUGGAAAAGGGACUAUGACUAUUUCGGCAUUGAUGAGCAACUUUCGGUUCUUGACGCAGCCAAAUUGCAGUAUGCUGAAGAUAGCUUUUCACAUGUCGACCUUCCAUUGAUUAAUGAUACCUCUUUUGGAGAUCAAGCUCUAAACGGGAUGUCAUCUUGGGAUGGAGCAACUAAUAAUUCUAAGCCACUCCUCCUUCUGUUAUACUCCAAAGGAAGCAACCGUUGUGCUAGAUUUCUGGAAACUUGGAAGCGAAUUGCUGAUUUUUUGGAAGGAACUGCUACUAUUGGCAUGGUGGAAGUUGGUGAGGUUCAAAUGGCAACAUCAUUUGCUGAGAGAAAGCCAACUGGCCAGUUCUUCUUCAGAAAUGGUCUCCCAUCUCUUGUUGCUCUUCCAUCGGGCUGCCAGACAUCAGAUUGUCUUUUAAGGUUUGAGGGAGAUUUAUCUGUUGAUGCUGUCACCGACUGGUUUGCAACUUCUGUUAUAGGGUUACCUCGAAUUCUGUACUAUUCGAAGGAGUCACUAGUACAAAAUUUCAUGGCCAAGAGUGGUCCCCAUAAGGUCAAAGUCAUUUUCUUCUCCAAGACAGGGGAGCGUGCGGCUCCAUUUGUUCGUCAAGCAGCUAAACAUUAUUGGGCUCAUGCAUCUUUUGGAUUCGUCUUAUGGCGUGAAGAGGAUUUUUCCUUCUGGUGGAAUUCUUUUGAGAUCGAAUCUGCCCCAGCUGUUGUAUUUGUCAAAGAUCCAGGUCUCAGACCUGUGGUCUUCCAUGGUUCACUCAACAAUUCAGUGCUCUUGGACCUCAUGGAAAACAAUAAUCAGCAUGAACUUCCUCAACUUAGAAGCGUGACAUCUAGAAAACUUGGCUGUGAUGCCCGAGGAUACUCUCAAGCGGGAAAUCAUGUUACAUCAUGGUAUUGUGUUAUUGUAGCAGGUAGACUGAGCCCAGAACUCAACAAAAUGCGUGAAACCUUGCGCAGGGUGCAAGAACUACAGUCUGGUGGUGGUGACUUGAGUAUUGAUAAAGAGCAGUCUUCAUCGAUGGUAAUGGCACUGAAAAGUAAGCGAUUGACAUUUGCAUGGCUUGAUGGGGAAGCUCAGGAGAAAUAUUGUUCAUUCUACCUUCAUUCAGAAACCAGCUAUGAUACUUGUGGACCUAGGAGGGAUGUGACUGAUGAACCUAGGUUAUUCCUUGUACGUUAUAAGAGGAAUGAAACUGAAGCUGAUAUUGAGGCUGAAAAAACUCAAAAGAACAAAUGGAAUGCUCUUCUAAAUGAAGAUGUGGAUCCUGCAUCACAACUGGUCGCACGAUACAAUGGCUCGAGUGAGAUCCCUGAGAUCAUCAAAUGGAUCUCUCAAACAAUCAGUGAUGGUGACACCAGGGAUCUCCCUUUCUAUAGAACUAGAACCCCUGAUCUUGUACCUGAGGACUCGGAACCUAUGUGGUCAAGAGGUGCCCAAAGCGUUCUUUCGAAAAGCAUUGGGGUUAAGCACAGUUUUCGCAGAAUCAUAAGCAGAAUCAGUGAUCAUGUUGGAGACCCGAGGAUCGGGCCUAUGCUACUGCUGGGUGCUUUAAUGUCUUUUGGGACGAUAUGGUUGAGCAGGAGUCAACAAAAGCCUCACACUCAGCCAGGCCAGCAGAAUGAAUCGGCUGAAGAGGAUGAAGCUGUGAAAAGGCGAAGAGAGAGAUCAAGAAAUGCGCGAAAGAAAGAUAAACCGCCGUCCAUGACAGAUUCGGAACCCAAAGAUGCUUACCAGAUGCCUAUGUCAGAUUCUGACUCAGAAUAG